AUGACUGCCGGAAAUAUCAGCUUCGACGACUACCUCGGUCUGCAGACCUGCUUGGUCGAGUGGGCUGACAGCUACGACAGCAAGGACUGGGCCAGGCUGCGAAAAUGCAUCGCGCCCACCCUGCGGAUCGACUACCGCUCGUUCCUGGAUAAGCUCUGGGAAGCGAUGCCGGCGGAGGAGUUCGUGGCGAUGAUCUCGAGCCCGGCGGUGCUGGGCGACCCGCUGCUCUCGACGCAGCACUUCAUCGGCGGCACGAAGUGGGAGAAGAUCUCGGACACGGAGGUCGUCGGCACGCACCAGCUGCGCGUGCCGCACCAGCGGUACACGGACGCGAGCCGCCGGACCGUCGCGGUCAAGGGCCACGCGCACUCGACCAACGUGCACUGGUACCGCAAGGUCGACGGCGUGUGGAAGUUCGCCGGCCUCUACCCCAACAUCCGCUUCUCCGAGUACGACUUCGACAAGGUCUUUGCCGACGGCCGCGAGGAGUUCGGCGAGGAGGAGGCUAAGGAGGUUUCUGCGAAGGCGCAGGGCGUUAACGUUUCCGUGGAGAGCAUCUCCGCGGAGGUAUGA